GGAAGACAAGGAGCUGUCGCAAACUUUAACUUUUACGACCGUGGUUUGACUUUCUUACGGCGUCACAACGGUUUACGACAGUAAGAAAAUGGCGGAGGAGGAGCGGAGUGCCGAGGCUGAGAAACUCAAGGAGAAGGCGAAUAAUUACUUUAAAGAAAAAGACUAUGAGAAUGCUAUCAAGUAUUACACAGAGGCGCUGGAGCUGAAUCCAUCCAAUGCCAUUUACUACAGUAACCGGAGCUUGGCAUACCUGCGCACUGAGUGCUAUGGCUACGCCCUGGCAGAUGCCACACGUGCCCUGGAGAUCGACAAGAACUACAUUAAGGGCUAUUACCGGCGUGCCACUUCUAAUAUGGCGCUGGGCAAAUUCAAGGCUGCGCUUAAAGAUUACGAGACGGUUGUAAGAGUGCGACCCAACGACAAGGAUGCCAAAUUGAAAUAUCAAGAAUGCAACAAGAUCGUAAAGCAGAAGGCUUUCGAGCGAGCCAUCGCCAGUGACGAACUGAAACGAUCGGUCGUGGAUUCAUUAGACAUCGAGAACAUGACAAUUGAGGAUGAGUACAUAGGUCCUAAAUUAGAAGAUGGUAAGGUCACAGAGAAGUUCAUAAAGGAUCUGAUGGAGUGGUUUAAGGACCAAAAGAAGCUUCAUAGGAAGUGCGCUUACCAGAUCCUGGUUCAAGUAAAAGAUGUUUUAUCCAAAUUACCAAGUCUUGUUGAAAUUUCGUUAAAAGAGACAGAGAAAAUAACUAUUUGUGGGGACACGCAUGGCCAGUACUAUGACCUCCUUAAUAUUUUUGAGCUGAAUGGCUUACCGUCGCCGACCAACCCAUACCUGUUCAAUGGUGACUUUGUGGACCGUGGCUCCUUCUCAGUGGAGGUCAUUCUCACACUCUUUGGUUUUAAGCUCCUUUACCCAGAUCACUUCCACCUAUUGAGAGGUAACCACGAAACAGAUAACAUGAAUCAGAUGUAUGGCUUCGAAGGCGAGGUCAAAGCCAAGUACACAGCGCAGAUGUUCCAGCUGUUCAGUGAGGUCUUUCAGUGGCUUCCACUCGCACAGUGCAUCAACAACAAAGUGCUGGUGAUGCACGGAGGACUGUUUAGUGAAGAUGGUGUGACUUUAGAUGAUCUUAGAAAGAUUGACAGAAAUAGACAGCCUCCAGACUCGGGUCCCAUGUGCGAUCUCUUGUGGUCAGAUCCUCAGCCGCAGAAUGGGCGGGCUAUUAGUAAACGUGGUGUGAGCUGUCAGUUUGGGCCAGACGUCACAGAACGGUUCCUGGAACAGAAUAAGCUGCAGUACAUUGUGCGCAGUCAUGAGGUGAAGCCCGAGGGCUAUGAGGUCACUCACUCAGGGAAGUGCAUCACGGUGUUCUCCGCACCCAAUUACUGUGACCAGAUGGGUAACAAGGGAGCCUACAUUCACCUCAGGGGAUCUGACCUCAAGCCUGAAUUCCACCAGUUCACUGCUGUGCCUCAUCCGAAUGUUAAGCCCAUGGCAUAUGCCAACUCGCUCUUGCAGUUGGGAAUGAUGUAGGGGAUCCAACCGUCUCUUAGCAGCUGUUACUUUCUCAAGUCCACACCAGUCCCUCCAGACACGUCACACUUUUCAAUCUAGUUUUUUUUCACAAGAAGUCAGUCUUCUAAUGCACACAAGCACUCAAAGUGAUUAGAUGCUUCUCAGUCCAGAGGGUGCCUAGUUGAAAAGGAAAAAACGAAAAAAUACCGUUAUAAUCUGUUUUAAUUUUGAUAUGAAUCAGUCAGUUUUCCCUUCUUUUUUUUUUCUUUUCUUUUUUUUGCAGGUAUAAAGCUGUAAUAUUUUUUAAACCCAGAAUUAGCAGGUGGUUUCUGGGUUAUAGAACACAAUGAGCUGGAUUGUACCAAAGACCUGGGGUCAUGUGUAGCAAACGGCUUGAGGAAAGAUAGUUGAUGUAUUUUUUUUUUUGUUUUUAAUACAUAAUUGUGUUUGACGCUUUGUUGGGAGGGACAAGUAUGUGUUACUGUGAUUCUGUAGCAGUAAGAUCAUCCUGUGCUAUUUGGGGUUGUGUAAUCAACUGCCUUCAUGCGUACUUCUCUCUAUAUCGUAGAGCCAGAUUGAGUUGAGUUAAUUUGUACUCAAGCUUUUGUCCAUCGCACAAAUGAGAUCAACAAGACAACUGUACAGCGCACACGCAUACACACAUCUGUGCACACUAACUUCUACUCCCUGUAGUUUCUCGACUGUUUAACUCUUUCCACAUGUUCUUCAGUAUUGUGAAGCCCCACUGUCAGUUGUACUCAGAUCUGUUGGCAGCAUCAACAUGUGAGUUUAUUUUUUUUCCCCUCCUCUCCCAGCUCGCUCAUCUGAAGUGCACUGGAGAUAGCUAUAGUCUCCCCCAUUGUACGAUUGUUUAGCUAAAUCCACCUUCACCCGCCAAUGUGGAUUUGUGACGGAACAUGACUGAUGUUUAGAAAUCUUAAAAUGCACAGCAGCCAUAUACCAUGCCCUUGAAUUUUUAGAUAAUGUUAUAUACACAAAAGUGUAUGUAUAUACAGUAUAUACUGUAAUAAUGAAAACCCUGUGUACAUGUUUGGAAAAGUUAUUGAAUAAAAAAAACCAAGUUCCAUUCUA